UAAGAUUUUGGGGGACGCUUGCUUGUCUUAUGCGGAUGUGUUUUGUAUAAAAGUGGAUAGUUCUGUGUGCAAGUGCGGUUAAUAGAAUAACAGAAUUGGUAAAGACCGAUAAUGGUUUUCACGCUUAAAUCUGCAUUGGUUACUCAUGUAAUACCAUAGCGUUGUAUUAUAUAAACGGUGAUAACUGGAUUUACAGCAUAUAGUAAUCGAAGUAGCCUACUAGCUGACAGUGAAAAACGAAUUAAAAGCAACAUUCUCCGUUUAAAAAAUAGAUAGAAACACGACCGCUAAAAUGGUAAAAGACAGACAACGCCAUUCAUCGUAAGCGCACAGUGUGUGUAUCAGAUAUCCUUGCUGCGCAGAGGGAAUUCUAGAGUAGCAGAGGUCUACCAUGCCUGUUGGAUGGCGAACGCCGCGCAUUUCCUGGAGCGGAGCCGGGGUGACGCUCGUUCUUUGGGUGUUCAGUGUUCAUUUUGUUUGUGCCAGUUGUGAAAAGUCUGUCUCAGCCCUGACUGUUGUGGAGAGCGCUGAGCCCAGCAAUGAUGAUGACGGAGAGGCCCGUGUUGACAGUGAAGAGGACCCCGAAGACAUGAAGGUGUUUCAGCCCACGGACCAGUGGCAGACGCUCCGACCAGGUUACGCCGUGCCCGCGGGCUCCCACGUGAGGCUCAACCUGCAGACGGGACAGCGGGAAGUGAAGCUCGGGGAAGAGGGGUCCCUCCGCUACUGGAGCGACGGUCAGAGGCGAGGCAUGGUUAACACGGAGACCCCAUCCUUCACCGCUCAGGAGCUGAAGAAGGCCCUGAAGCAGUUCAAGGAAGAAGGAGCUGAGUCUCCAAAAAAGGACAAAGAGAAGGAGGAGGCGGAGCUUCGGGCCCAGUUCCGCUCCAUGGAGGAGCUGAGGAAGGACAUGGAGAAGCUGGACAUGCUUGUGGAGACCGACUUCCAGAUCAUGAGCAAACUGAUAUCCAAGCUCAACAGCUCCAGCUCCACGCCAGAGGACAGGGUCUCAGCCCUGCUCGACCUGGAGUACCUGGUGCACCAAGUGGACAAUGGGCAGGACCUGGUGACUAUGGGAGGGCUGAGACUGGUGAUCGACGCUUUGAACAGCACAGAUCUACGCCUGCAGGAGAGUGCUGCUUUUGUCCUGGGCUCUGCUGUCUCCAGUAAUCCUCGGGUGCAGGUUGAGGCGAUGGAGGGCGGUGCCCUGCAGAAGCUCUUGACCCUGCUGGCCACAGAGCGGCCAAUGGGUGUGAAGAAGAAGUUGCUGUUUGCUGUAGGUUCGCUGUUGCGUCACUUCCCCUAUGCUCAAAGUCACUUCCUGAAGAUGGGUGGCGUGCAGGUGCUGGGGGACCUGUUCCGAGCCUCUGGGGGCGGGGCUAUGCGUGUGAGAGUUGUCACCUUGCUCUAUGACAUGAUCGUUGAGAAGGAGCUGAUCUCUCAGGCUGGCCUGGAUCCCAUCCCGGACUCCCAUCAGGAGCGCCUGCAGCAGUACGCUCAGAUCUCCUUGCUCCCCCUGCUGGCCGAGCAGGGCUGGUGCAGCCUGGUGCCCGAGAUGCUGGCCUCCCCGGAGCACGACUGGCGGGAGAAGGCCCUGCGCGCCCUGCUGGCCAUGAUGCCACACUGCAGGCCCCAGUACCGGCAGAACCAGGCGCUGGCCCUGUCCCUGAGCGCCCUGCAGCAGCAGUACCAGGAGCUAGCGCUUAGCGAGCAGGGCCUCGGGGAGGAGGAGGGCUACUUCGGGGAGAUCCUGAGUCUGCUCAACACCGUGCUGCUGAAAGUGCGCUGACCCUGGGGGGUUUUCAGGGUGGGGGUGGGGGGGGUGAGGGUGGGUGGCUGGAGCCCCUGUGUGCCAGAGAGGGCAAUAAAGGCUACGUUGCUGGAAAGGUGUUUGCGUGCCUGUCCCUUGGUUUUGUGCUGGGGAUUUCAACCUGUGCUGGACCCCACCGUGUACCUGUUCCUCUAUAUGAAAGGUAGCACGCACUGUGGCUGCAAAAUUAUCCAUGCAACAUAGUCGUCAAAGCACCAACCUUCUGUUUAUUUUGCGAAGUUGUGUGCUAAAUCCAACUUCAGUUGGUUGGGUACCCCAACGAUCUUAGCUGUGAACUAGAGAAGUCCUUGUAUUUAUUGGUGAAUUUUUAUUUGUUCAGUUUUCAAUUGUUCAGUUAUUGAGGAAAUGCUUUCUAAAAGGAUGAAAAGGGCUGAACUGGCCGCAUGAGAAAUUAAGGUUUCUUAAAAACGAAUGACCAGGCACUGCUGUUGCUAAGUAACGAAGCAAUUCUAUUUGUUGCCUGUCUACACAUUGUAUUCUAAUGUCUAAUGCCUUGUUUGUAUACGUCAUCUCAACAAAUAUAUAUUAAUAUAUGAAUAAAUAAAUGCAGUAUUGGUGUGGGGCAUGCCACCUCAAGCUGUAAUUUAGAAA